CUCUCCAGGUCCUCAGGCCCUCCUAAAUUAUGUUUGCCGAUGUGACUGCUCAGAAAACUCAAAGCAAUGGACCUUCUGCACACGAUAGGCAGCACGAUUGCUGAAGGAGAUGCCCCUCCAUGUGAAGUGGCCGUUCCCCGCGGUGCCCCGGCUCACCUGGACCAUAGCCAGUAGCGUCGUCAUGGGUCUGGUGGGCACCUACAGCUGCUUCUGGACCAAGUACAUGAACCAACUCACCGUGCACAACAAAGAAGUUCUGUAUGAGCUCAUUGAGAACCGAGGCCCUGCCACCCCCCUCAUCACGGUCUCCAACCACCAAUCCUGCAUGGAUGACCCUCAUCUCUGGGGGAUCCUGAAACUCCGUCACAUAUGGAACCUGAAAUUGAUGCGUUGGACCCCAGCAGCUGCAGACAUCUGCUUCACCAAGGAGCUGCACUCCCAUUUCUUCAGCUUGGGCAAAUGUGUGCCUGUGUGUCGAGGAGAUGGUGUCUACCAGAAAGGGAUGGACUUCAUUUUGGAGAAACUUAACCAUGGGGACUGGGUACACAUCUUUCCAGAAGGGAAAGUAAACAUGAGUUCUGAGUUCCUGCGCUUCAAGUGGGGAAUUGGGCGGCUGAUUGCUGAGUGUCAUCUACCUCCCCUCACCCUGCCACUAUGGCAUGUUGGAAUGAAUGAUGUCCUCCCUAAUAGCCCACCCUAUUUUCCCCGAUUUGGACAGAAAAUCACCGUGCUGAUUGGGAAGCCUUUCAGUGCACUCCCUGUGCUUGAGCGGCUCCGGGCAGAAAACAAGUCAGCUGUGGAGAUUCGGAAAGCCCUCACAGACUUCAUUCAAGAGGAAUUCCAGCGGCUGAAGAUGCAGGCGGAACAGCUCCACAACCAUUUCCAGCCUGGAAGAUAGGCUUUGCCUACCCAGUCUGUGCCCCAAAGUCCUUAGCCAAGGGAGCAUUGGGCCCUCCAGGGUUUGGAAAGUGGUGGUACAGGACCCUGCCCAAGCUUGCUUGGCUCUGUACUGCCUUUGAGUUUCUUCCCUGCACAAAACUGAGGCUGGGAGAUGGACCAAUGCUUUUAAUUCAGAUAGAUUGGCUCAUAAUCCCUGCUUUUCUUUCUUCGUUUUGUUUUGAGACAGGGUUUCUCUGUGUAGCCCUGGCUGUCCUGGAACUCUCUUUGUAGGGCAGGUUAUCCUCAAACUCAUAGAGAUCCACCUGCCUCUGCCUUCAGAGAGUUGGAAUUAAAGGUGUAUGCUACCACUACCUGGCCUGAAUACCCUUUCUUAUCCUUGAGCAUCUGACUCCUCUGGAUCUCUUGGGCUAAAAGAAAAGCCUUGGAUGUCCCUCACACUUGGCAGAGAAGGGAGGAAGACUUUUAGGCAGGGGCUGGCAUUGGAAGGGAGCAAAGCAGGCAGUUGAGUGCCUAGUAGGAGAAUAGGUGUCAUGGCCAUUGAUGCAGAAAGAGUACCCAAAUGGCCCCUUGGAUGGGCUACCACCUGCCUACCUUUGCCCAGGAGCUGCUCACAGCCUCCUCAGGGAUGGCUGUCAGGCAGGUCAUUCUUCCACCUGAGCUUCUCCCACUGUAAGAUUUGUGCUUGGGUGGCCCCAGACAAGAGCAAGUCUUGGCCAGGAUUCAAGCCCAGCUAAACUUAACUAGAUGUUUCUGUUAGCUGGCAGAAAAAGGGCCCCUAAGACCUGACCAUGAACACCCCCCCAUAUCAGGGCCUACCCACUUCUCUAACCUUUUUGCUUUGACAUCCCCUAUGUACUGAUUUCAUGUUUUUAGAGUAAUAAAAUAUCUGUGUUAUACCACUA